AUGCCUCGUUUUCCUUCUUCACUUGCUCAGAAAGAUGAUAUAAACAGUCAUAUGCUGCAACAUCCAACGGGGAAAUCACUCCAACGCCAAUAUAAAAGUGCCAAUAGUUCAACAAAAAAGUUUGAUGAAAAAAAUCAAUCAAAACAAAAUAUGACUGUAAAUACUGACAAAAAACAGAUUGUUACUAAAACCAAAAAGAGAAAAACAAAUUUGUCCUCUGAAAAGUCGUUUUCAUGUAAUGUGUGUACAAUGAAAUUUACUGCCAAAAGUAGCUUGACAAAACAUUCACUUACGCAUGUCGAAGAAAAACCUUUUGAGUGCGAUAUUUGUCAUAAAUGUUUCAGCCAAAAUUCCCAAUGUCUUGCACAUAGACAAACACAUUCAAAAGAGAAACCCUUCAGAUGUGGUGUUUGCCUUAAGGGCUUUAAGGGAGAAUCUACCUUAAAAAGACAUAUGAAAUUGCACCCUGGCUCCAGUAUUUUAACAGAAAGCGACCGAUCUAACCAAAAAGAACACCUCCAUGAUGAAGAUAAGACUUUACAACCGAUAAUGUCUGAUAAUCAUCUUAAAGAAAAACCUAACCAACGUACGUCUGUGCAUAGUAAAGAAAAAGACAAACCUUUUCUAUGCAGAAUUUGCUAUAAACAGUUCUCAGUAAUAACCAGUCGAAAACGUCAUAUAUUUAGGCAUGCAGAUUUAGCUAGAUUUAAGAACCGCAUACAAAAAAGGACUGGAGAACAACCAUUAAGGUGUCAUAUAUGUUUUAUAAAAUUCACUUUUAAAGAUAGCCUAAUAAAUCAUUUACUUAGGCACGCCGGAAAAAAACCUUUUGAGUGUGAUGUUUGUAGUAAACUGUUUUUUCAAAAUAAUCAUUGUGUUGUACAUAGGCGUACACAUAUAAACGGAAAACCUGUAGAAAAGAAAUUACUUGAUAGUUAUCCCAAUAUGCCCUCAGAAAUUGACCAGUCGAAGGAAAAUAUGCCUUUAAAUGCCGAAGAAAAAUCUUUGAAAAAUGUUAAAUUAAAUCACGUUUCUAAUAUUUCAAAAGUAAAAUCUUUCCAAUGCAAAUUUUGUUUCAAACAGUUCUCACUACAACAAAAUUUAACACGCCAUGUACUGAGACACUUGGGAAUAAAACGCUUUAAAUGCAAUAUAUGUUUAAAGAGAUUUCCUGCAAAAGUCACACUAAGAGAACAUGAGCGCAUACAUUCGGGAGAAAAACCCCAUAAAUGUGAGUUGUGUCCAAAGGAAUUUAAAUCAAAGUAUGUCCUCAACAAACAUAUGAGAUUCCACACAGGCGAAAAACUUAUAAAGUGUGAUUAUUGUCCCGAACAGUUUACAGAGAAGACUAAAUUUCAGAUACAUGUAGUAAGCCACACUGGAAAAAGACUAUUUCAGUGUGUUGUUUGUUUUAAGAAGUUUACAACCAAAGCAGAUCUGAGUAAACAUAUGCGUUCCCACACUGGAGAAAAACUUAGUGAGUGUUAUGUCUGUCAUAAAAAGUUUACUGAAAGAUGCAAAUUAAAGACGCACAUGAUGAGAAUGCACCCUAGAGAGAAGCCUUUUGAAUGUGAUAUUUGUCAUAAACAAUUUAUUACAAAUAAACAAUGUGUUGAGCAUAGACGUAGACAUGGAGUAGAAGAACCAUAG